GUUAGGUCCCAACAAAUUCCUGUCCAAGAAAGCUACGCCAUAUCAACCACUUUUAAGCAAAGUAAUUAACCCAGCACCAGGCCUUACCUACCUAUACAUUGCAGAAAAAAAUAGUCUAAAAUGACUAGUGUAGUGUUAACAUAAUCACCUAUUAGUUUCGCCUUCUAGAGACACCUAGGUUAUUUUCUUAAGGACUAAUCAGUAAUUUUCAAUCACAAGCCACCUCUGGAAACAAUAUAGGGAGGAUAGUGAGGAAAUUACAAUAGAAAAAACAGCCCUACCGAAACAAGAAAAGAUGAGCUUCUUAGAUCGAAAAAUGACAAGGGAGGAGAACACUUGCACUGAUAGUCUGAGGAGCAAGCUCGAUGCGACGGUCGCGAGAAACCGCGGUUUAGAGAAGGAGAAUGAACUGCUGAAGCAAGAAGUAGAGCAUCUAAAAGCACAGAUGGCUUUGCUUCGAGGCCAAGAAGCUGAUCGAAGAUCGAUGCCAUCCAAGAAGCUGCAAAGUGCUAUCUGUAGUAACUUUUCUACACAGGAAAAGCCGACAAUUCACAAUAAUGCCGAAGAAGAAGGUAGUGAAAAUGAAGGCUUCAAUUCAUAUUCUAAGAAAGAAAUUUCAAUGAGGAGACGAACACCGAGAGUGCCGAAGCCACCACCAACUCCUAUAUGUUUGCCACCGAAACCAAAUAUUGGAAAGGAAGCAUGGCUAUCGCCACCGCCGCCACCGCCGCCACCCUUCGCUUUAAAACCGCAAGGUGGUGGUAUAAAAGCUUUAAGAAGAGUACCGGAAUUGGUAGAAUUAUAUCGCACACUGACACGAAAAGAAGGAAAAGCAGAUGUUAGAGCGGGCAAUAUGGGAAGUCCAGUGGCUACGAAUACUCGAGAGAUGAUCGGAGAGAUCGAGAAUAGAUCGGCCUACCUUUUAGCUAUCAAAUCAGAUGUAGAAACCCAGGGAGAAUUCAUCAACUUCUUGGCAAAGGAGAUAGAAAAUGCGGCGUAUAAGGACAUAGCUGAUGUAGAAGCAUUUGUCAAGUGGCUCGAUGAGGAGCUAUCCUAUCUGGUCGACGAAAGGGCGGUGCUGAAGCACUUUGCUCAAUGGCCUGAGAGAAAAGCAGAUGCAAUGCGAGAAGCAGCUUUUGGCUUCCGAGAUCUGAAGAGUCUCGAAUCAGAAGUAUCCUCAUUCCACGACGAUGAAAGAUUACCCGCUAUGGUUUCUCUCAAACGCAUGCAAGCAUUGCAAGACAAAUUGGAGCGUAGUGUACAUAAUAUUGAAAGGGUAAGGGAUACGGCAAUCAGAAGGUACAAGGAUUUCAAGAUUCCAUGGGAAUGGAUGCUGGACACUGGUAUGAUUGCGCAGCUUAAGUUAGGCUCCAUGAAACUUGUGAAAGAAUACAUGAUUCGAGUAGUGACAGCAGUAAAAUCAGAUUCAUCCUUAGAUGAUGAGGAGUUAACUCUCCAGGGUGUUCGAUUUGCAUUUCGAGUGCACCAGUUUAUCAAUGGAUUCGAUGAAGACGGUCGGCAUGCAUUCCGAGAACUGAAGAAAUUAGCAACCAAGUCGUAGUCAGAUCAUUGUUAUUCUUUCUUAUACAGUGAAAGAAGCAGCACUCAGGAUCAAAUUACUUGGCUACAUAAACUAAGAAUUCUGAAGCUGCAAUCCUCGAUACCACCUCUCAAAGCUUGGAUCCUUACAUAAUUUACGUUUUCUAAAUGCUUUCUGAGAUAAAGAGAUUCAUGUUUAAUUAAUUAAGAUCCCAGGUUCAUUAUGGCCUUAUGCCUUGUUUUCAGAAUUGCGGUAUGUCUUUAAAGUCAUACAGAUGAGAGAGAGAUGUACUACAUAUUUUCUAAACAUAUAGAAGUGCAUGAAAAAAAGAAAUUUCAGACAAUUACAAACCCAAA